AUGCGUCGCCUCCGGCCGCUGCUGCAGGACGCUAUCCAGAAGCGCUGCUGCGGCGCCCGCAUGUGGGACGGCGUGACGGGCCCGCUCACCUGGCGGCAGUUCCACCGGCUGGCGGGGCGCGGCAACGAGGACCUGUGCGAGCCGCAGCCCGUGCCGCCGCUGCUCGUGGGCCACGACCGCGACUGGCUGUCGCUCUCCCCCUACGCGCUCCGCCACUGGGAGCGGCUCGCGCUCGAGCCGUACUCGUACUCGCGCGACGUCGCGUACGUCGUGCUCGCCGCCGACGGGGACUCGCUCACGGACCCGCUGCGCGCCUUCUUCCGCGAACUGUCCGCCGUGUACGAGGCGUGCCGGCUCGGCAGGCACCGGCCGCUCGCGCGCGACGGCCUCUACCGCGCCGCGCCCGACCGGACGCCGGACCGCGCCGACGAGUGGACCGGCGACCUGCCCGCCGGCCGGCUCGGGGACUACCUGCGCGCGUACGCGGACGCGUUGCGCACCUCGGUGCUGCCCAAUUUGGUGGACCGAUCGCUCGUGGAGACGCCGGCCAUGAGACCGCCCGCGACCGCCGAGAACCCCGGCACGCCCGGCGCGCCCGGGCCGGCCGGGGCGGCCGAGGAGAGCGACGGGGCCGGCGGCGCGUGGGAGGAGGACGAGGGCGGCGCGCCCGCGCUCGUGCUGUACCUGGUGGAGCCCCCGGGGGCUGAGCGCCGCCCCGCCGCACUCCGGGCACUGCUGCGCCUCGCAGCCCGGGUGCAUCACCAUCUCUCGCAUCAUAAUCCCCUAGUUAAGAUAAUCUCUCUGGAAGGCGUGUGCGAAACGUGGGGUCUCGGCGCUAGCGAUCCGCCGAGCGGGAGCGCGAGCGGCGGCGGCAGCGCGGAGCUGCGCGCGUUGGCGUUCAGCGUGUUCUGUGGCGCGCGGCGGCUGCUCAUGCACUCGGCUAAUGGGAAAUCGCUUACUGGAUUCGGUACCGCGGCCGAUGCCAACCUCUUCUUAUCUAAUAAAGACGAGAUAAAUCGCGCGGCGUACAAGCUGUUCUCGCCGGCGUGGGUGCUGGCGCCGCCGCGCGCGCUGAAGGAGGUGGCGGAGACGUGGGGGCAGGCGUGCGGCGAGCCGGGCUCCGUGCUGUACCUGGCCUACUGCCUGUCGCACGACCAGCGCUGGCUGCUGGCCGCCGCCACGGACGCGCGCGGCGAGCUGCUCGACACCGCCGCCAUCAACAUACACGUGCCGCCCAGAUCGCGACGACGACGCGUCGGUCCGGCGCGUCGGUUAGGAUUGAAGAAAUUGAUGGAUUUUACGCUUGGCGUGAUGAGUCAAGCCGCGCAGCCCUGGCGUCUUGUCGUAGGACGAGUAGGACGCAUCGGGCACGGCGAACUCAAAGGUUGGAGCUGGCUGCUGUCGCGCAAGAACCUGGUGAAGGCGUCGAGCAACCUGCGCGAGAUCUGCGGCAGCUGCGGCGUGCUGUACCCGGCGGGCGUGCCGUGCAUCGUGUCCGCGUGCCUCGUGUCCACCGAGCCGGACUCGUGCCUGCGCCUGAUGGCGGACCGGUUCACGCCCGACGAGCGGUUCUCGCAGGCCUCCAUACAGAGCCACCUGCACACGCCGCGCGACGUCUCCGCCACGCACAUACUCGUAUUCCCCACCUCGGCCACCACGCAGUCGACCCCGAUGUCGUUCGAGCAGCCCAUGGCGAACGGCGUGGACAGCGACAUGAUGUUCCUGGACGUGGACAUGGGGGACGAGGACAUGGGCGAGGACAACAUGACGGAGCUGCUGAUCGGGGACAUGUUCAACAACAUGUGGCCGCAGGGCUCCCCGCGCAACUCGCCGCGCCGCCCCGACCACGACCACGACGACGACCACGCCGGCUCGCCCGCCCAGCCGCAUCUGCAUCAUCACUACCACCACCAGGACGACCCCAACGCCGAGCAGGUGGGCACCGUGCUGCAGCAGCCGCUGGCGCUGGGCUACCUGGUGUCCACGGCCCCGCUGGAGGCGAUGCCCGCGUGGUGGUGGGCGGGCUGCACGCACCUGCGCGGCGCCUGCCCCGCCUUCCUCAAGAACGCGCUGCACCUGCACGCGGGCAACCUGCAGACGGACGACAUGUACUCGCUCGCCAACAGCAACCACCACAACGCGCACCCGCUCGACUCGCAGCUCACCACCGACGUGCUCAGGUACGUGUUGGAGGGCUACAACGCGUUGUCGUGGCUGGCGCUGGACGGCGAGUCGCACGACCGCCGCUCGUGCCUGCCGCUGCACGUGCAGGUGCUCAUGCAGCUCUACCACACCGCCGCCGCGCUCGCGUAA